AUGCAUGAAUACAACACCAACGGAGGUAGGGACUUUUUCUCACCGCCAAAACCGAAACCAGUGGUCACCUUUGGCCAACUACAGCCGAAAGCACUCGGAAUCGAAGCCGCGACUGAGGGCACUCAAAAGCCAAAAGUGAACCCAAAAUCGAGACCCUUGAAGCGGAAAACGCCAAAUUCAUUAUUUGGCGCCAGCAAUUCAUCAGAAACGUUUGCGGGGAUUGAAGCGGUGGAGGCCAACAAAGUGCCAUCUGAGGCUGAACUACAGGGAUCUAAGCCGUACAUGACUGAGGUGAAGCGAAUUAAGAAGGAUCAAUACAAGAACUUUAUGCUACUGCUGCUGAAUGCGAAAAGGGGUAAAGUAUCGGCGCACCAACUCCUUGAUCAGGUCAACCAGAUGUUUGGGGACACACCUCAUCUGCUCAGAGCCUUCAGGCAAUUCUUGCCCCCAAAGGACCUGCCUCUAUGGGACCAACGCAUGUCCACGGCACUCUGAACAACAGUAGAGAACCAGUACCCCGCCAGUGUGGACGAAGUUCGGUACUUUGAUGGGAGUGAGACACACUUAGUAAUCAGUGCCUGUUCACGGAACGCAUAUCACCUUUGUGGUGCAGGUACACAGUCAAUGUGGUUUUCCUGAAUUAGUUUGCAACUUGGCGGCUCUGAAGAAUGUGUACGGGAGAGAGGGUGUGUCAUCUGCUGUAUGACCGCAUGUGCAGUGUUAGCACAUAGCUAGUAUGGUUUUCUUUGGGAAGUUCGGGACUUAGCGAGGCAUAUGUCAACUGCUCUCGUACCACAUAUGCAGUGAGAGCUCAUAGCCAGUAUGGUUUCCCUUGAGAAGUUCGGAACCUCUAAACGACUGCCAAGAGUCUCAAAAUGAGUGCAAGUCAAGCGCACUCUGGAUACCAUUGAGAGCGAAAGUUUUCUAUAGUCCGUUGUUCGAGACUGCAUCAAAUAGCCCAAAGUUGAACUGAAACAUCGAAUGGUUGAAAGUAUCAGGCCACAUAGAUUUAGCAACAAAUAAAUAAGGUAAAUGCACGCAUAUGCGGAUAGCAUUUGAACUAGCGAUA